AUGGAGAUGCUCGCCAGUCAUUGCUUUGUAUGGAUACUUCUGAAAGGAACCAUUUGUUUGUUGGUUCUUGGGCAACAACAUCAUGGUGAUUUCACCUUUGACAAGAGGGCAUCGUCUGAAGUCAACAAAGAUCAAGAACCUUCUUCACAGAAGAACUGGGCACUUCAAACUCGGAGUCAAAACACCAAACUACCAAUCAGUCCCUUCAUCCCUCUUUCAAAGCAGGGACUUUGGGAAAUACUUGGAGGGAACUCACAGUCACACUCCAACCCAUCUUUAAAAAUCAAGCUUCAGCCCAUCAUGAAAGUUCAUGGAACGUCUAAAUUCGCCAGGACAUUCAGUUGGGGGGACUUUUACUCAAACAUCAAGACAGUCAAACUGAAUUUGCUGAUAAUGGGUAAGAUCGUGGAUCACGGGAACGGCUCUCUUGGAGUCUACUUCCGCCACAACUCCACCGGUGUAGGCAACGUCUCUGUCAGCCUUGUCCCACCGAUGAAAGAGGUGGAAUUCGACUUGGAGCGCCAAAGUGUCGUCAACCCCAAAGACUCAAAGACAUUCAACUGCAGAGUGGACUAUGAGAAAACUGAACGAAACAAGAAGGUGAUUUUGUGUAACUACGAUCCAUCAAAGACGUGUGCUCAGGAGCAGACUCAGAGCCACGUCACCUGGAUGUGCUCCAAACCUUUCCAGGUCAUCUGCAUCUACGUGUCUUUCUAUAGCACAGACUACAGACUAGUUCAGAAAGUCUGUCCAGACUACAGCUACCAGAAUCCAGGUGCCUACCUGCCCACAGGUUAA